AUGUCGGAAAGAAGUGAAAAUAAUGUGAGGUGGCUCUCUGCUGUCUUAUUUCCUCUUCAGAGCACCGCCGUCGGGUUCCUGGCCGUGUCCAGUGUCAUCACCAUGUCGGCGCCCUUCUUCCUGGGGAGGAUCAUCGACGUCAUUUACACCAACCCCACCGGGGACUACAGCAGCAGCCUGACCCGCCUCUGCCUGGCGCUCAGCGGCGUGUUCCUGUGCGGAGCUGCGGCCAACGCCGUCCGUGUCUACCUCAUGCAAACCUCAGGGCAGCGCAUCGUGAACCGGCUGCGAGCUUCCUUGUUCUCCUCCGUCCUGAGGCAGGAGGUGGCUUUCUUUGACAAGACGCGCACGGGCGAGCUGAUCAACCGCCUCUCCUCGGACACGGCGCUCCUGGGCCGCUCGGUGACCGAAAACCUCUCGGACGGGCUCCGGGCCGGGGCCCAGGCCUCUGUCGGGAUCGGCAUGAUGUUUUUUGUCUCGCCGCAUCUGGCCACUUUCGUUUUGAGUGUGGUGCCUCCAAUAUCCAUCCUUGCCGUGAUUUAUGGACGAUACCUACGGAAACUGACCAAACUCACUCAGGACUCCCUGGCACAAGCCACGCAGCUAGCUGAGGAACGCAUCGGAAACAUCAGAACCGUUCGAGCUUUCGGGAAAGAAAUGACUGAAAUCGAGAAAUACACCAGCAAAGUGGACUUCGUGAUGCAGUUAGCAAGGAAAGAGGCGAUCGCUCGGGCAGGCUUCUUCGGAGCAACCGGGCUCUCUGGGAACCUGAUCGUGCUCUCCGUGCUGUACAAAGGCGGGCUGCUGAUGGGCAGCGCCCACAUGACCGUGGGCGAGCUCUCUUCCUUCCUCAUGUACGCUUUCUGGGUUGGAUUGAGCAUCGGAGGUCUGAGCUCGUUCUACUCGGAGCUGAUGAAAGGACUGGGCGCCGGGGGCCGCCUCUGGGAGCUGCUGGAGAGGAAGCCGGGGCUGCCUUUCGACGAGGGGCUGACCUUGAACGAGAAGAGCUUCCAGGGUGCGCUGGAGUUCAAGAACGUGCACUUCACCUACCCGGCUCGCCCCGAGGUGCCCAUCUUCCAGGACUUCAGCCUCUCCAUCCCCUCGGGGUCCGUCACGGCGCUGGUGGGCCCCAGUGGGUCCGGCAAAUCCACGGUGGUUUCCCUCCUGCUGAGGCUGUACGACCCCCUUUCAGGGACCAUCAGUCUGGACGGUCGUGACAUCCGCCAGCUGAACCCCGUCUGGCUGAGAUCCAAGAUCGGGACAGUGAGUCAGGAACCAAUUUUGUUCUCUUGCUCAAUUGCUGAGAACAUUGCUUACGGGGCCGAGGACCCUUCUGCGGUGACUGCUGAGCAGGUGGAGAAGGUGGCGGAAGUCGCCAACGCAACUGCUUUCAUCCGCAGCUUCCCGCAGGGGUUCAGCACUAUGGUCGGAGAAAAGGGUGUUCUUCUCUCAGGUGGGCAGAAGCAGCGGAUCGCCAUCGCCCGGGCGCUGCUGAAGAAUCCCAAAAUUCUCCUCCUGGAUGAAGCCACCAGUGCGUUGGAUGCUGAGAAUGAGUAUCUGGUGCAGGAAGCUCUGGACCGACUCAUGGAAGGAAGGACAGUGCUGAUCAUUGCCCAUCGUCUGUCCACCAUCAAGAAUGCUAAUAUGGUGGCUGUUCUCGACCGAGGAAAAAUUAUCGAAUGUGGGAACCAUGAUGAGCUGCUUGCCAAACCAGACGGGAUAUACAGAAAAUUAAUGAACAAACAAAGCUUCGUGUCAGCAUAAAGAAGCAAUUGCUGGCCAAGUGAAUCCAAGAGACUUUAAAACCAAACAGCACUGCAGGGGGGAAAUUCCUUAGAGAGGGUAUGGAAUCUGUAAAUGAUACUUCGAGUUAUUUGAAAUAGGCCUAUUUUUCCCAAAGUAUAUAAACUAUUGUUUUGAGAUGAACCUGUUCUCAAAACCUUUACAGUCAGAGUUUUAAUAAUUAUAACUUUCUAAAUGUCUAUAGCACUGAAGUUAUUUUCAGGUUUUAUACUUUAUUUUAUCUUGGAAUAUUUUCAUACAGCAUGGCACCUCAUUUUUUUUACCUGCUGUUCGAGAUGGAAGUUAUUGUCAAAUGACAACUUUAAAAGGGAAUUAUAAAUUAAAAGGCCUAAUUAUUUUAGGCCAGUUUGCCAA